UGAGAGGCGGCGCUCGCAGCUCAAGCCGCAUCAUCUGUCAACUCCCUCGGUCUCUCCGGGCUUGACUCUGCGCUUGCGUUGUUUAUCCUUGCCUCCGACUUUUAACCGAGCAACAUGACCGGUGUCGCGGUUGCUGGGUUGCUGGUUGCGCUGUGCGUAACCAGCGCGGUCCACGGUUCACCGAGGAGCAGGCGGCAGACGGGACAGUUCCAGGUGUAUCCAGACCUCGACGACUCCUCCGCGGUUUCUCCUGUGGGCUGUGAAGAAAACGGUCGCUCCUUCAGGCUGAAUGAGCAGUGGGAGAAACCUUACCUUGGCACUACUCUGGUGUGUACCUGCAAUGGCGCUGCUGGCAUCAAGUGUAAAACUAAGCCUGAAGUGGAAGAAACCUGUUAUGAUAAGCACAAUGACCGGACAUACCGCGUUGGAGAGACUUAUGAACGAUCAAGGGACGGCCUCAUAUGGGACUGCACAUGUAUUGGCUCGGGGCGAGGCAAGAUCAGCUGCACCAUCGCAAAUCGUUGUCAUGAAGGAGGCAGCUCUUAUAAAAUCGGGGAUACAUGGCAAAGACCACACGAGUCUGCUGACUACAUGCUGGAAUGUGUUUGUCUUGGAAAUGGUAAAGGCGAGUGGACGUGCAAACCUAUAGCUGAGCGUUGCUAUGACACUAAUCAAGCGGCGUACGUCGUUGGAGAGACUUGGGAGAAACCCUACCAGGGCUGGAUGAUGCUUGACUGCACUUGUCUCGGGGAAGGAAAUGGCCGUAUCACCUGCAGCUCGAGGAAUCGCUGUAAUGACCAGGACAUGAGGAAGUCCUACCGAAUUGGAGACUCCUGGAAUAAGCCGGACGCACAAGGAAACAUCCAGCAGUGUUUGUGUUUGGGCAAUGGCCGUGGGGAGUGGAAGUGUGAGAGGCACAAUGCUGCUCGAACCCCGGGAUCUGUGCUCCUGACGCCCAUCCACCCCCUGCCUCUGCCACAGCCGGAGCCCCCUCUGGAGGGAACGUGCCGCACAGACGCCGGGGUCACCUACUACGAUGGUCAGCGAUGGACCAGGAGCCAGGGCAGCACCCAGAUGCUUUGCACAUGCCUCGGAAAUGGAAUUAGAUGUCUGGAAUGGGAGGCCAAAAAUCAGGUCUAUGGUGGAAACUCGGAGGGUCAGCCAUGUGCCUUCCCCUUUGUCUUCAUGGGAAAGACCUACUACUCCUGUACCUCUGAUGGACGCACUGAUGGACAGCUCUGGUGCUCUACUACAUCCGACUAUGGAAAAGACAAGCAGUACUCUUUCUGCACUGAGAGAUACGCCAUGGUAGCGACACGCGGCGGCAACUCCAACGGGGCUUUUUGCCAUUUUCCGUUCCUCUACAGUGGACGCAACUACACCGACUGCACGGCUGAUGGCCGUCACGAUAACAUGAGGUGGUGUGGUACCACCUACGACUAUGACUCAGAUCAACGAUUCGGAUUCUGCCCGAUGGCUGCCCACGAAGAGGUGUGCACCACCAGCGAUGGAGUGAUGCACCGUGUUGGGGACAAAUGGGACAAACACCAUGAUGUCAUGGGUCACUUGAUGGAGUGCACAUGCCUAGGCAAUGGUCGUGGAGAGUGGAACUGUAUUGCCUAUUCACAACUGAGAGACCAGUGUAUUGUAGACGGUCUGAUCUACGAGGUCAACCAGGAGUUCUCCAAACGGCACGAUGAGGGCUACAUGAUGAACUGCACCUGCUUCGGCCAAGGACGUGGACGCUGGAAGUGCGAUGCCCUUGAUCAGUGUCAAGAACCACAAACCAGAGCCUUCUAUCAGAUUGGAGAGAACUGGGACAAAACCAUUCAUGGCGUUCACUACCGCUGUUACUGCUAUGGAAACGGGAUUGGAGAGAUGCGAUGUGAGCCGCAGCACAGUUAUCCAAGUGGUCAAGGACCGGUGCAGGUGAUCAUCACAGAGGCAGGAAAGCAGCCGGACUCUCACCCCAUUCAGUGGAACCCACCUUCAACUGUGCAAAUCACCAAGUACAUCCUGAAGUGGAAAAUCAAAAAUUCUAAUCGGCCCUGGAGGGAGGUUGCCAUUCCCGGGAACCUUAACUCAUACACCAUCACCGGUUUGCGUCCAGGUGUGACGUAUGAAGGUCAGCUGAUCAGCAUCAUGCACCACGGACAGCGCCAGGUGACACGUUUUGAUUUCACCACGACCUUUGGCUCCUUGGAAACAUCUGAGGGGGAGACGACUCCACUUCCUCCAGUUGUGGACACUUCUGAGUCAGUCACAGAAAUCACCUCCAACAGUUUCGUCGUGUCCUGGACGUCGGCCUCAGCGACCAUCUCUGGCUUCAGAGUGGAGUAUGAGCUCAGUGAGGACGGGGCUAAGCCCAAGGUCCUGGAUGUCCCCAAAACCGCCACCUCCGUGACAAUCACUGACCUUCUGCCUGGACGCCGGUACAACGUCAAUGUUUAUGAGCUGCCAAACCAAGGAGCACCGACUCUGAUCCUCUCUACUUCACAGACGACAGCUCCUGACGCUCCUGCUCAGCACAAGAUCGACGAAGUUGGCGAGACAUCUAUCCGGAUCAGCUGGGCCAAGCCUCAAGCUCCCAUCACAGGCUACCGCGUGAUGUACACACCGUCACUGGAAGGCAGCAACACUGAACUGACCCUGCCUGACACGCAGACGUCAGUUACUCUGGUCGACCUUCACCCCGGUCUGCUGUACAACAUCAGCAUCUUUGCUGUGGAGGACAACCGAGAGAGCGAGCCUGUUUUUGUGCAGGUCAACACCAAAGGAUCUCCUCCAUCAGAGGUCGUCCCUGCCCCGACAGACCUGCAGUUCUACGAGGUUACAGACUCAAAGAUUGCAUUGACCUGGACGGGUCCACCCAGCGAGGUUACAGGUUACAGGGUGGUAUUUUCCCCCGUCGCUCCUGACGGCACGGAGACAAGACUCCUUCAGCUUCCUGUUACCCCCAAUGCCUACUCAGAGAUCACUCACCUGGAGCCUGGCAUGCUGUACCGUUUCUACAUCUACGCAGUCAACAGUGGGGUGGAGAGUGAGCCGCUGGUGGGAGAGAGGUCCACCAAGCCAGAUGCGCCCACCAAUGUGCAGUUCACAGACAUCGGCUCGGACAGCGCUAUGAUCAUUUGGGAUGCUCCUCGAGCCAUUGUUUCUGGAUAUCGUCUCUUUCUGAGUAUCGAAGGCUCUAACCCAAUUGAGAAGAGGAUCCCUGGACGGGUCGCCCAGUACCCUCUGAGGAAUUUGCGUCCCGAAACUCGGUACACCGCCACCCUGCACUCGGAGCGGGACAAAGUGCUGAGCGAAGCUGUCACUGCCUAUUUCACCACAGCCCCCCACUUUGGAAAUGCUCCUGCUUUCAGCACGGAAGUCACUGAUACGUCCAUCAUCAUCACCUGGAUACCGGUUCGCAGAUUUAGCUACAAGCUGGCUGUGCUUCCAAGUGUGGAGGGUGAAUCUCCCCGAGAAAAGACAUCUGACUCUGGACUUAUUGCUAUCCCUGAUCUAAUCCCUGGAACACAGUACACUUACACGGUCCAACCGAUUGUCAACGGGCGCAACCGCGGAACUCCAAUCACACGCAACGUUGUCACGUCUUUGUCCCCCCCUACGGACCUCAGGGUUCAGUCCAACCCGGACACAGGAGCCCUCAUUGUCUACUGGGUCGCAUCCAAAACACCAGGCAUCACUAGCUACAGAGUGUCAAGCACGCCCACCGUUGGCCAGCGAGGGAACUCCCUGGAAGAGUUUGUAAAUGCGGACCAGUCCUCAUGUGUUCUGGAGAAUCUGAAUCUGGGGGUGGAGUACAAUGUCAGCGUUUUCGCCGUAAAAGGCAGUUUGGAAAGUCUGCCUGCAUCUACUACUGUCACACCAGAAAUACCGUCACCACGACCUUUUGACUUUGUCGACAUUACUGAUACCACCAUUGGCCUGCGCUGGACCCCUCCCAAAUAUACCACCACCGCUGUGUUCCGGAUAACGGUAGUAGCAUCGGGCGAGAGUUUGCCGUUUUUCCAAGACUCUGUGGACGCGUCUGCCGGUUAUUACGUCAUACGUGGUUUGGAGCCGGGCGUGGACUAUGACAUCAGUGUCUCCACAGUAACAGAGGAGGGAGAAAGCAAGCCAACCACAUUCACAAAGCAGACACAAGCUGCGAUUCCUGCGCCGACCAACCUCAGGUUUGGGUUGGUGGGUCCGGACCGCAUCCGAGUCUCGUGGACAAUCCCCUAUGUUGCUACACCGAGCGAUAUUUCCCGCUUCGUCAUCCGCUACCACCCAGUGGCCAAUGAUGCGAACGUUGAGGAGGUCAAUGUGGGCGGAGCCUCAAGCACCUUCCUCCUGCUGAAUCUGCUUCCCAACACCGAAUACAGCAUCAGUGUGGUGUGUGUGUAUGGAGAUAGAGAGAGUGAACCGGCCACAGGAACUCAGAGAACAACUUUGGAUGCCCCAACUGGCCUUGACUUCUCUGACAUUUCCACUGACUCCUUCACCGUCCACUGGCUUGCCCCCACUGCCUCCAUCACUGGAUAUAGAGUCCAACACCAGAAGACCAGCGGAGGGCGAGCCAAGGAUGAGAGACUGCCCCCGUCCAGGACCCGCUUCACUCUCACUGGACUCACACCAGAGACUGAGUACAUGGUCUCUGUGUACGCUGUCAACAACCAGCAGGAGAGUCAACCUCUGACAGGGACACAGAGCACGGUCUCUAAUGCUCCCACUGACUUGGAGGUGACGGCAUCCUCUCCCACCAGCAUCACCAUCCGCUGGGACUCCCCAUCGGUCUCAGUGCGACACUAUAGAAUCACAGCUCAGGAAACAAAUGAACAACAUCUUCAUGAGUUUACCGUUCCCGGCUCUCAGAACACCUACACCAUUAAUGGUCUGAAGCCUGGUUCUACCUACACCAUCACAGUCUAUGCGAUCGGUGGGAGAGGAGACAGCCCCUCUUACAGCACACCAAUCUACGUCACCCACAAAACAGGUAGACCAAAGCAAAACCAAUGCUCUCUGAUAGAAAACACUCAUCUUAUGCCCACCUCUGCUUCAGAUAUCGUCCCGCCCACCAACAUGAAGGUUACCGAUGUGAGUGACAACGCCAUAACAGUCCGCUGGUCUCCUGCCUCUGGGCCCAUUCUGGGAUACAGAAUCACCAGUGCCCCCAAGAAUGGAAAUGGACCGUCCUAUACCAGAGAUCUGCCUCCUGAUCAGACUGAGAUGACCUUCACAGGCUUGAUGCCCACUGUGGAGUACAUAGUGACUGUGGCAGCCCUGGGUCCUGAUGGACAACCCUCUCCUGCUGUCGUAGAGAACACCAUGACCGCGAUGGACCGUCCUAAAGACCUGAUCUUCUCUGACAUUGACUCCACCUCGAUGCGAAUCUCUUGGGACAGUCCUGAAGGCACAGUCACAUCAUACCGCAUUACCUACUCCAGCCCAGAAGAUGGCGAAAAGGAGCUACUGUCAGCCCCCCGAGGCGACCAAGACUCGGUCAUGCUGCGGGGCCUCCGCCCUGGAACAGAGUACACGGUGAAAGUCAUCGCUUUUCAUGACCGCACACCCAGCACGCCACUGACCGGGACCCAGGCCACCGUUAUUCCGGCUCCAACAAACCUGGAUGUGUCCGAUGUUGGCCCCUCCUCCUUCACGGUGAAGUGGAGACCCCCUCGGGCGCAACUGACUGGUUACCGUGUCGUCAUCAACCCCAAGUAUCUGAAUGGCCCCAGCAAAGUCAUGAACGUGGCCCCAGACACCACAUACGUCAUCAUCUCAGGACUCAUGGUGGCUACCGAAUACGAAAUACAAGUCUACGCCCUGAAGAACUCCGUCACAAGCAAGCCACUGACCGGAGUGGCGUCCACCAUGGAGGAUGUUAGCCCCCCAAAACGUGUGAAAGUUACUGAUGUGAGGGACUCUUCGGUUACCUUGAGCUGGCGUGCCAAGGUGGAGACCAUCACCGGGUACCUCAUCGAUGCUACUCCUUACGGAAGCUCCAGACCCACCAUCAGCCGAACUUUCCCUGGAGACCUGCGCUCGUAUACCCUCACUGGUUUGAAGCCAGGAACCGUGUACUAUAUCAACCUUUACACUCUGAAUGGCAACACCAAGAGCGCCCCCUUCAACUUGACCAUUACAACAGCUCAACCAGUCGUCCAGCCUCCCACCAGCCUCCAGUUCACGUCACGGACUCCCACCUCCAUCUCCUUCAAAUGGGAACCGCCUGCAACACCCUUCACAGGAUACUACGUCACUUACGAGGAGUCCCGUGGGUCACCACAGGAGCUGACACCACAGCCUCACUUUGGCAUCAACUAUGCCACCAUCACAGGUCUGAAACCAUUGACUGAGUACACCAUCAAGAUCGUGGCGCUCCAGAACACACAGAGGAGUCACCCCCUGAUAGGCAGGAUCAGCACCCAACCAGACGCACUGCUUCCCAGGCCACAGCCCAACCGUCCAGGUGGGGACCUGGACAACAGGGUCCAGGUGGUGGGCACUAAUGGCCAGGAUGGGCUCGGGGGCCAAAGCCAAAAUGUGGAGUACACUGAGUACAACAACAACAACAACGGAGGAACCCCCCAGUCUCCUUAUGGUCAGGUCCGUGAGCCCCUGGUCUUUGUGUCCCUCCCCGAUGCAGAGGGCCGCAGGCUGCCCAUCCUGAAGUUGAACGUGCCCGUGGGAACACCCCUCAGUAACUACACCAGACUCCCCAAGGAGGCCCAAACCCAAACCACCAUCUCCUGGAGGCCCUACAGUCAGAGCAACGCCUACCUGGUGUCCUGCAACCCUGUCACACACCUGAACGAGAAGAUGUUCCAGGUGCGUCUGCCAGGAUCGGUGACCACCGCCACGCUGAUCGGACUCACCCCAGGAUCCGACUACAACGUGCUUGUGGAAGCCCUGAAAGGGGCGCUCAAACACAAAGUGUUGGAGCAGGUGGUGACUACUGGCAACACAGUUCCUGAGGAGGUGCCGUACUCCAAGGACUCCUGCUACGACGCCUUCACGUCCACGCACCACGAGGUGGGCGCCGAGUGGGAGCGCAUGUCAGAGACAGGAUUCAAGCUGUGGUGCCGGUGCCUGGGCCUGGGCAGCGGGCACUUCAGAUGCGACUCCUCCAAGUGGUGCCAUGACAACGGCCACAACUAUCGCAUCAGGGAGAGGUGGGACCGUCAGGCCGACAACGGACACCUAAUGAGCUGCACGUGCCUGGGCAACGGCAAAGGAGAGUUCAAGUGUGAACCACAUGAGUCUGUUUGCUACGAUGAGGGCAAGACCUACCAGGUGGGACACCAGUGGCAGAAGGAGUAUCUCGGUGCCAUCUGUACCUGCACCUGCUUCGGUGGACAGCAGGGCUGGAGGUGUGAGAACUGUCGCACGCCGGGUUCAGACGCCGCUGUGCUGCAACCAGUGCGGUAUGGAGACAACAAACUGCAGAAGAUGAACAUUCACUGUCCCAUCGAGUGUCUCAGACCGGACUUGCUGGCCGACGCUGUUAUUGCCCCAAGUCAGCACGAGUGACGUGUUUGCUCCAAGUCAGCGACUGCGCUGCCCCCCUGCUGCUGGCGACCAGAUACAACUUCCGUAACACACAUGGAUGUCAGACUGCUGCCUCGUCAUCGUCUUUUCACUGUUUCGUUUUUUCUUUUCAUUCAUGGUUCCACCAAACUGGCCAAGUGAAGCACUGCGGUAGAAUGUAGCCGAGCCUUUACCAGUCUGUAGUCUCCCGUCGUCAGAAGGAAGCCACACACGAGAGUCUGAGCGAGUCUGUGUGAAUGUGAGUCAAGAUGUGAGAACUAUUUUUGUAUUUUGUUGUUUGUACCAAAGUAUCCAUUUCUGGAAAAACAAAAACAAGUCUCUUAUUUUAAUAAAACCGGAGAGAUUGUGAAA